AUGAGCAUGCAGUUCAAGUCGAUCUUGUCACUCGUCUGCUCUGUAGCUUUGAGCUUCUCCCUCGCCGGCCCCAGUGCCCGUGGUCCGAUCAUCGGUAUCUUUGCGCAUCCAAUUUCUCGUCAUGGUGAAUACAUCGCGGCGUCGUACGUCAAGUGGAUCGAAAGUGCGGGUGGCCGCGUGGUUCCCAUUCGGUAUAACGCGCCCAAAGUAUACCUAGAGCAGCUGCUGCCGCAACUCAAUGGUCUCUUGUUCCCUGGAGGUGCGGCCACUGUCAAUGACCGUGCCGAGUGGCUGUUCCGAUUGGCAAUCGAACUUAAUGAUAAAGAUGUAUACUUCCCCGUCUGGGGCACCUGUCUGGGUUUGGAGUGGCUCGUGCAACUUACAACGAAAGAUGCGGACUCAUUGGAUAGCGGAUUCGACUCUUCGAACAUCAGUCUACCCCUAAACUUUACGGAUAAAGCGCCGACUAGUCGUAUGUUCCGUCAGGCUAGUCCUGAGCUCUACUCGUUGCUCAAGGACAAGCCCAUCACUAUGAACAACCACGAGCAGGGCAUCACCCCGGACAAGUUCAACCAGUACACGUCCCUCACGGACCUUUACACGGUGCUUGCGACGAAUAUGGAUCGACAAGGGGUUGAGUUCAUAUCGGCUUAUGAAGCCAAAGAAUACCCAAUCUACGCCGUGCAGUUCCAUCCUGAGAAGAACAUGUUCGAGUAUGGAGAGUACCUUGACGGAACUCCGUACGAGGUUGUAGACCACUCACGUGAAGGCGUUGCGGCUGGGCAGUAUUUUGCAAACUUUUUCAUUGACGAAGCUCGCAAGAACGCGUUGCACUUUAAGGACCCGAAAGUAGAGCGCAAGGCGCUAAUCUACAACUAUCAGACGUCGACUGUCACGGACCCAGGCUUCGUUGAGUCGUACAUCUUCAGGCACGACGUUCAAACGGAUUUCUGGAACGUGCAGAUGUAA